CCCCACGGCCUGUUCGCGCGCUGUGCAUGCCGGGUCUUGUAGUCUGUUUCCCGAGCCGCAGGGCUAGGCUGUAGCUCCGGAGUUGGCCGGCGCAGGAUAUGAGCUCACAGCCGAGAUUGCAGGCAGCCACAGGCCAGAGGAGGCACGGAGUCCGUUUGCCUGUCGGCUGAGAGGAGAAGCGCCCCCGCGGACGGGCGUCACCUGCCUCUGGACUCUUGGAACUUAUUGGACUGGAUGGAAUCUGGACUGACGUCAUCUAGGACUCAAAGUGGCUGCAUUGUAGGAAAAGAAUAGAUUAGCUCCGGAUUUGACUUCCUCACUUGCACUGAGAGUAUGAGGCCCUGGCCUCUGCGGGCCGCUCAUUUGUGACCACUUCCACCACGGCAGAGCCUUCCAAGCCAACCUCCUGCCGUGUGGUGAUCUACCUGCAGCAGGAGAUGUCAGGGGACACCUGUCUGUGCCCAGCCUCAGGGGCCAAGCCCAAGAUAAGUGGUUUCAAGGGAGGUGGGCUGGGCAACAAGUACGUGCAGCUCAAUGUGGGCGGCUCCCUGUACUACACAACAGUGCGGGCCCUCACCCGCCAUGACACUAUGCUCAAGGCCAUGUUCAGUGGGCGCAUGGAGGUGCUGACCGACAAAGAAGGCUGGAUCCUCAUAGACCGAUGUGGAAAGCACUUUGGCACCAUCCUGAAUUACCUCCGAGAUGACACCAUCACCCUCCCUCAAAACCGGCAAGAAAUCCAGGAGUUGAUGGCUGAAGCAAAAUAUUACCUCAUUCAAGGACUGGUAAACAUGUGCCAGACUGCCCUACAGGACAAGAAGGAUGCCUACCAGCCCGUGUGCAACAUCCCCAUCAUCACGUCCCUGAGGGAGGAGGACAGGCUCAUUGAAUCCUCCACCAAGCCUGUGGUGAAGCUGCUGUACAACAGGAGCAAUAACAAGUACUCAUACACCAGCAACUCUGACGAUCACCUGCUGAAAAACAUUGAACUGUUUGACAAGCUGUCCCUGCGCUUCAACGGUCGUGUGCUCUUCAUCAAGGACGUCAUUGGCGACGAGAUCUGCUGCUGGUCUUUCUAUGGCCAGGGUCGAAAGCUGGCAGAGGUGUGCUGCACCUCCAUCGUGUAUGCCACAGAGAAGAAGCAGACCAAGGUGGAAUUCCCGGAGGCCCGUAUCUAUGAGGAGACACUCAAUGUCCUACUCUACGAGACCCCUCGGGUCCCUGACAAUUCCUUGCUUGAGGCUACAAGCCGAAGCCGCAGCCAAGCCUCCCCCAGUGAAGAUGAGGAUACCUUUGAACUUCGGGACCGUGUCCGCCGCAUUCAUGUCAAGCGCUAUAGCACUUACGAUGACCGGCAGCUCGGCCACCAGUCCUCUCAUCGAGACUAAUGAGAUCCUUUGGAAGUCAGGACACAAGAAGCCCUGUCUGCCACCCUGUGGUACACACCCCACUGGCCACCCUGUGCUGCUCCUGCUAGCUAGGAGCCUUCUCUAGUAUGUAGAGUUGACAGGCCUGCCUGAGGUCAGGGAGGCUGGGAGAGGAAAGGCCACAUUGUCUCAUUGGCCCUCCUCCCCCAGCACUUCCAGAUGCCACCCCACUUCCUGCCAACAGGGAGCUACUUCUGCUCUAGGGUGAAUACGCUGACUUCCCAGCUCCUGGCAAGUACAGUCCCAGGCCCUUGGCUGAGGGCCCCUUUUUUAUGCUGAAGAGCUUUAGUUCCUCAGCUGAGGCCCACAGCAACAGCUUUGUUCUAGGGGAAAGGAGGCUUCUGGUGCUGUUAGGACCCAAUUUUGAAAAGAAAGGACAGUCCUCUUUUUUCCCCAAAGUGUUCAAGCGUAGGUAGGACCUGGUUUUUUGUUUGUUUUUAAAUCUAGAUGUUAGCAUAGUGGCCGUACCUAUAAUCCCACCUAUAGAGAGGCAGAGGCAGGAUAACUUAGCAAGGCCUUAUCUCAAUAUAAAAAUUUUAAAAGGGGGCUAGUGACAUAGCUCAGUAGAAUACUUACCUAGCAUGAGUAAGGCCCUGGGUUCAGUCAAUCCCCAGUACUGCCACAUACACAAAAUAUCUAAGAAAUUACUAGUUUCUAGUUUCAUGAAGGACAGCCUUGGACUAAGUAUUUGUAACCCCUGCAGGAUGCCAGGACCCCACCUAGGCAGACUCCCACACACAUACUCCACCCUUUUCAAUGCCCUAGGUCCCAUCUUUAAAGCACUUUGUAUUACUGGCAUUCAGAAAACUCUAUUCUGCUUUGACCCAGUUUUUUCUGACACUAGUCUCCUCUUGCAGAAUCUGAGGGAAGGGAUAAAGCAGUUAACAGCCAGGUGGGCUGCCAUAGUCUGUAAUGCCAGCACUCAAAGGCCAAGGCAGGAGGGUCACAAGUUUGAGGCCAACCAGGGCUACAUAGAGAGACUUUGUCUCAAGAAAAAAAAAAAAAUAACUAAACUGACCAGGUUUGGCUAGUCAGCUUGACUAGCCAGCCCAAAGACUACCAAGAGAAGGAUGCCCAGUUUGAGACUGUGGUUUUGGUAACGUCCUAUGGGGAUCAGACGUCACCCUACAUUGUCGGGUCACAUCACUGACUGAGACGCAACAGGAUUGUUUGGUUUGCAUCUCAUACUUGGGUAUGCUCAGCUCUAAGACACGCUGUCCCCACAAACCAUAAAGCCGAAAGCGGUGACGCAGGCCAGAAACUCCAGCUGCAGCAGAAGGCCAUGGAGCCAUCAGCCAAGGACAGCAAGCUCUUGGAGCCCCAUGCUGCCAGCAGUGCCCACAGAUGUGGCCCAGCCUAUGGCAAUCACAUCUCGGUUUAUGUGCUGGCUCUGGGUGGUGGUUCUGCCUAGUGAUGAGUCUCCAAAUACAUAGUAACCAGGGCAACUUAAGCCUUUGAAAGGCCAUUAUUAUUUUUUGGGGGUUACUUGACCAUGGGGGUAGCAAGGUCUAGACUGGUUGUGAAUUCCUCUGGGCUUUGGUCCCCAUUCUCCCCUCCCCUCCCUAUUGGGCUUGGCCCUCUUAACUGGACUCUUUCCAGAGGAAUGUAGUCACUGAAGGGAGCUGUUUGCAAGGCUGACCAAGUGUGUGGCUAUCAACAGUGCUCAGGAAGGAACAUGGGUUGUCAGCUGCAUCCAUUGACUGCUCUUAUGAUUGCCAAACACAGCUCACCUCUCAGAGCCUACGGGCAGAUGCCAGGUCCAGGGUUGGGCUCUCACAGGGACUUGACUUGAUGUGAUAGAGCAGGGGAAAUGUGACUUAGCAAUCAGCAUUUUGUCUUAAUCACAGUCUUGAAUGUAUAAAUAGCUCUAAGAUGCUUGAGUCAGGCACCUUGGUGAUCAGCAGCUACUAGUUCUUCCAGAUCUCACAGGAAAUAAGAUGACAAUCCAUUUUUGUCCGAGUUUAGGCUUUGAGUCUUUCCCACAGACUUUGGAAUGUUGCAGCAUGAGGCCACCAGUCUAUUUUCUCAGCUGUCCCCGAGAAGCCAGAUUCCCAGCUCCCUGCUGCAUAUUUCAUUUGUUCCUUUGCCUCUACAUCCCCAUUGGCCUGUUCGGUGCUUUUACAUCCAUGUCCUCAUAUUUUCAGUUUAUUCCUUGACCUCCACACCCCCUUUGGCCUCUGCUUGGUGCUUUUACAUCCGUGUCCUCAUAUUUUCAGUUUAUUCCUUGACCUCCACACCCCCUUUGGCCUCUACUUGGUGCUUUGACAUCCGUGUCCUCUGCUGUUCAAUGGUAUCUAGUCGUUGGGCUGGAAAAGCACAGUAGCAGAAGUCCCAGGUUGGGCAUUUGUCUUCCUUGACUUAAAACAUCUUGGUUUAAGGAAAACACUAACACUGAAGUGAUCUGAGCUUCUUUGCUUGGACUUUGUGGCUUGGGGUUUUGUGGGAUUUCCCUGUCCUAUCCUAAAGUGGCCUUUGGCAGGAUGGGUUUUUCUGAUCACAGGCAGCCCCAGGAAGUAGGCACAAAGCACAGAUGAAGGUCAGACUGGGAGCUGCUAACAAACACUAGCUGUGGGCUCUGUUGAACUUGGAUUGUGUGUGACUUGUCUGCCUAAAGGGUAGCACAGGUUCUGGCAUGAAAGAAUGUGUCCUUUAUGGCGUACCUGCAAUCCUUCAUUGCUUACCCUAAAUGAUAGAAGUAAACACUAACUUGUAAUAAAAUUGUGUUACACUGCA